GAAUAAGCACUUAUUUUUAGCAGCUGCGCGAAAAUGAAGCGCAGACGAUAUUCUCGCCCUGACAACCAUCGACGUGUGAACUGCAGAUCAUUUAUGGACAGCUGUGAAGUUGCCUGCGAGUUGAAGAUGUCUUCAUACCCAGUCUUGCAAAACCAAUAACAUAUUUCAUACUGCAAAUCUUGUAAUAUAAAGCAAUAAUUAUUAUAUGAGCAGGGAGCUUCAGCAUUAUAGUUGUCACUGGUGUAAUAUCUUUAAUUGUAGCCCCGAGACUGUGGGUUUAAUAGACCUUUCAUUUAGAUUAUAGAGGUGCAACGUCUGCCUUUGAAAAUACAUGAGAUCAAUGUUCAGCUACAAGCAAACGGCACUUGAUGUAAUAAUGGUCAUUGAGUUCCUCUGAAAUUAUACCGGCAAGGCAAGUUGACAAAUCAAAACUCAUGUUUGUUCGUCUCUCUCUCUCUCUACACUGUAAAAUCUAGUGUACUAUGGCAUCAUUAUUCAUGAAUUUGUUUUUGACAGAUAGAGAGCUUCUUAUGUUUGGUUUACUCAAACUACUACAUGAAAAAAAUACUGUAAUAUUUACUAUAAUAAACUGUAAUAAAAAUUACUAGAGACUAGUGUUUUGAAUCCUACUAUAGUAAAUAAUACAGUAUGCUACUACCAUUUGUCUAUUUGCUAGUUAAUACUACAGAAUAGCCUACUAUAGGCCUACUAUAUUGUAAUAAUACUACUACAGUUUGUUUUCUAAAGUACACUACAAUUUACUUUUAUUGUUUUUUUCAGCAGGGUACCCCUACCCUUGCUGAAAAAACAAUAGAACCCCAACAGAAACCAUUACAGAAAUUCUAAUGGUUUACAAUAAGAUACCAUUAUGAACCAUUAGCUUUUUCCAUUAAAACCAUUACAAAAUGCCUUUUUGUAGUGUGUUUUGGGCAUUAUUCCAGUAGGAUUUAACAUCCCACCAAUAGAAUCCAUCACAUACCAGUAGAACCAUUACAGUUUCCAUUUAAACCAAUACAAAUCCCUUUAAAGCCAAUAAAACCAUUAUAACUUCUUUAAUGGUUUCUAUUGAUUUUUUCAGCAGGGACCAGUAUACACCAUUAUAGUUUCCAUUGAAACCAAUAUGAUUCCCAUUAUAACCAUUAAAUCUAUUCGAUUUCCUAUUGUGUUUUGGGCAGAGUUCUAUUUUUUUGGCAGGGAUGUCUGCAGUAUCUAUAGUUAUCAUCUACGUGCGAUCUGACAUUUCCUAAUCAAUCCACAUCUUAACUGUUAACGUGUAACCUUGGUCUUAUUGCUGAAUCUUCUCAAUGGGGAGCCCGUGGAUUAUAAUAUGAGUCGAUACAUUAACGAGUCGCCUGUGGUGGUUGUGCUCACUGUAAAUAAUGAAGAAACAGACACGUGAGAAUGCAGCGUGGGCUCGUGUUGAUCUCACGCCUCUCCCUGCGAGGUAAAACCACACAUGUGCUCGUACGCACACAUAAAGCCCCUUCUCCACGGCGUCGCCGAAGGGGGGGGGGGGGCUGCGCUCUCGCACGCACGUACGUUUCACCGUUUAUGCCACAUAAUGUGAGACUCAUGAGAUAAGAUGACGUGAAACUACUUAUCUCCAUCAUGCCAAACGCCACGGACGCGCCGCUGUCCGAAUGCGCGCUGGGACGCGGAUCGCGCAUAUCGCUGACCACGAUCUACUCCUUCAUGUGCGUUUUGGGCACCAUCCUCAAUCUCUUGGUCAUCUAUCUGGUCGUCACCUUCAAGAAGCUCCGCACGGCCAGCAAUGCGUUCAUUGUGAACGGUUGCGUGGCUGAUCUAUUGGUGUGCGCUUUUUGGAUGCCCCACGAAGCGGUGAGUACCUCCACCGGGAGAUUCCUGGUGGUCGGGUACCACGCGUUCAAAGAAGCGCUGUUGUUUCUGGGAAUCACGGUGUCUUUGCUUUCGCACUCGCUUAUUGCUGUGAAUCGCUAUGUUUUGAUCACCAAAACCCCCGCUGUGUAUCAAAGCUUGUAUCAGAAGAGAAACACCGAAUGGAUGAUCGCCGGAUCGUGGCUCAUCUCUCUAGGUUCUUUGUUUCCGUGGCUUACGUCCUUUAGGUACUCCCCUGAAAAAUGCAGGGAAGCUGAGGAUGCGGGCGCAGCAUCAGCACCAGCAUCCUUCGCGAGGGGGACGUCGGUGUCCGUCUUGUCGAGUCCGUUCGCCGCCGGCACGUUGGCGGUCACUAUCAUCGGACAGACUUUUAUCGUGGUGUAUUGCUACUUGAAAAUCUUCCGUCGGGUGCAAAUAAGCGUGAAACGAGUCAGUAUUUUGAAUUUCCAAAUCGUGAACAAUCUUCCCUAUUCGUUCCCGAGAAAAGACAAGCGUUUGGGUUUCUUCGUCCUCGCGGUGUGCUUCAUAUUCAUCCUCACAACCGAACCCCUUUUUUGGGUUCUCGUCGCGGGACUGUUCGUGCCCGUGUCUAUGGCACUUUGGACAUCGACGUGGGUUGUCUUCUGCACUAUAUUCGUAUCCAAUCCAUUUCUGUACACCUGGAAAAACGAGGAGUUCAGGAAAUCGUUUAGAUCUGUGAUGAGAGGAGAUUUCUUGAGGGGAUCAACGGUUGGGGUCGAACCCAUCACCAUCAAUACCAUUUCUCACAUUUUCCCACGACAGAACAGCCGUAGGGCAUUCCUGGGUGAAAUGAACUAGUUGCCAAAAUUCGCUCGUGCCUGGACGAGAUGUCCAAGAUGCUUACAAUCUGCCAGUGAAGAUAAGCUGCAUGUAUUUUACCGUGUUUUGUAAAGCAGAGUUUGUUUUGUAAAACUUUGUGAAACUGGAUGUGUGAAGUGUUUUUUUUUUGGUAAAACUGUGAAGGCUACACUGCCACCUUUUUCAAAUAAAAAUGUUCAUGAAUGUGUUCAAAUAAACGGGAUUUAAAAUCUCA